AGUUCAGUUUCUUUUCAACUGUCAUUGCGUGUAGUUGUGUCUUUGCUGUGAAGAGCAUAGUUUGCUGCUGUUAAGUUUUUUUCUAAUUCGCGGAGCGGUUUUGUUUCCCUUCCUCUUUCUCGCACAGGAGGCCCCCGUGUGGCGGUAAGAGUGAGACAGCACGCUGGUGCGCACAGGUUCUUAUCGUUCUUAUACGAUUUUGUCGGACGAAAACGACGACGACGGUGUGGAUUCCGAUAGAGCUGCACACGGAAAUCCGUUUCAUUCCGGGUUUCGGUUUGGUUUGAUUCUCGCUAGGAAGUGAGAAAACUCUACAGUAGUGCGGUGGUGCAGUUUAAAAUCUUGUAAAGUGCAUUUUUAUUUGCUUCGGCACUAACACCAACCCAGUCCAGUCUCCUCCAGUAAGGAGAAGUGAAGCAGUAACAGCGAUAAAAAAAUUGAAAAAAAGUUGUGUUCUGGUGUGUUUGCGUGGCGAAGAGCAAGCGGCCCGGAGAUCGGUAAGAAGAAUAACAAAAAGUGGGAAGAUUAUAACGCAAAAAAAACGUGAAUACGGUCUGUUUCGGAAGAAUUUUCCUGAAGCGUAGGGGAAAAAAUAGUUCUGUCUGGUAGUGCAGACCAAAAUUGACGGAAUAUUAAUAUAAUCGAGGAGAAGCGAUUCCCACAGGCCGGAACCAUGUCUGAGGAGAAGCAGGAAAAUGGUACCCGCAACGGUGACGUGCCGGAGAUUGAGUUAAUCAUCAAGGCUUCCACGAUAGACGGCAGACGUAAGGGCGCGUGUCUGUUUUGUCAAGAAUAUUUCAUGGAUUUGUAUCUGCUGGCAGAGCUGAAAACCAUCAGUCUAAAGGUCACAACAGUGGACAUGCAGAAGCCUCCGCCGGAUUUCCGUACCAACUUCGAAGCUACACCGCCGCCCAUUCUGAUCGAUAACGGGCUCGCCAUCCUGGAGAACGACAAAAUCGAGCGACACAUCAUGAAGUCAGUGCCCGGUGGUUACAAUCUGUUCGUGCAGGACAAAGAAGUGGCCACCCUGAUCGAGAACCUGUACUCCAAGCUGAAGCUGAUGCUGGUUAAGAAGGAUGAAAACAAGAACAAUGCACUGCUGGCGCACUUGCGAAAAAUUAACGACCAUCUGGCAGCGCGAGGCACCCGAUUCCUAACCGGGGACACCAUGUGCUGCUUCGACUGUGAACUGAUGCCCCGGCUGCAGCACAUUCGGGUUGCCGGCAAGUACUUUGUCGACUUCGAGAUACCAAAACACCUGACGGCCCUGUGGCGAUAUAUGUAUCACAUGUAUCUGCUGGAUGCCUUCUUGCAGUCCUGUCCGGCCGACCAGGACAUCAUCAAUCACUACAAGCUGCAGCAGGCAAAGGGGGACACCAAGAUGCUGAAGAUGAAGAAACACGAGGAGCUGGAGACGCCAACGUUUACCACGUCGAUCCCGAUUGAUUUAAAUGAGCACUAGAGAGGAGAGGAGCCUUGACUAGCAAACGUCGCAUAAAAUUGGGUGCGAUCUGGACAGUAUCUUUAGGGUAACCCCCGCAAAAACAAAAACACCAUAAACUGAGGAACGAUGAUUACGGACUAAACAUACAUUUUUGAUAACCAUUUACAAAAGCCGGAUUAUAACGGUUCCAGAAUCCGUCAGAAGUACCAACCAACUCCAACCACGUGUGUUGGCAGCCGUGCUGCCGACAAAUGCGCUUACAAGCUCUACUUUACCAACUAUUCAGUUUUUUUUUUGUUUCGUUUCCCCAUGGCCAUCUUAGAUCGACGGCGAGUAGAAUGAGAAUGGAUUUAAGUAGAACAGCAUACCGACAGCUCAGCUGGAGCUGGAGAAGAGAGUUAAUAAAAAAAACAAAUGUAAAGAUUAAUCUAAGUAGAAUUUAGUUGAUAAAUUCAUUGUUUAUUAUCCUAUAUUUUUAAUCUUACCGUGUUGGUAGAGAGAAAAGACACGAGAGAAGUAACACACGCCAGCUAAAGCAGCGCGAAAUAAAUAAUGUAAUGAACUUAUGUGCAACAAUUUUACUUGUUUCAAAAUUGUUGAAUUUCUUUUCCAAAAAAAAUGCCUUACCGCUUUUUAACCAUUCUGCAGCAUCCUAUUGAAUCUAUUUCUUUUUUUCCAGGGUACUAUAAAAUGUGCCAUUGCGUCAAGAAAAAAAUUCCUAUCUUUACUAUUUUCUUUUGAACAUCCUAAAACCAACCGAAUCGAAUACAUUCAACGAAUCUUUACACUAACAACAUAAGAACAGAAACAAACCAGAACACAGCACAGCGAUGAAAAUCACAAUUUGUACGUUUUUAACUUGAAUAAAAGUGUAGUUGGAUUAGGUAAAACUAGCAGCAAACAUUAUACUGUUAAGUUGAUACAAGAAAAAAUGAAACGAAGUUAUCGAAGCAAUUUAAUUGUGUAAAAUUAAGACAAAAAAAAACACUCGUUUGCAGUUGUGUAAAUAAAUCACGAGAUAAUUCAAAAUUUAUUUGCAGACAAAAAAGAAUUCGAAGCAACUUUUAUUUCCUAUAAGGUCGAUUACGUUAUCAGACAGAGAAAAUACACCCACAUCGGCGGACUUGCUUAGGUGAAAAGAGUAAAUGAAAUAAAACGUAAAACUGAUCAGAGUUAUUUCUUUUUUGUUGUAAUUUAUUUACUACAACUUGUUUUAUACAUGCUGUUGUAAUUGGAAAACAGUAAUAAAAAUAAAUGUUUUUUUUUCGACAUGAAAUGUGUCGCUGAAA